CAAUAGGCUCGAAAACGCAUGUCCAGCCGAAAAAGAUUCCAUCCACAAAGUCUCGAAUCUUCCUUAUGCUUCCAUGUAAAUAUGUUUGAGCCACGCAAACGUAUCCGCUUCAAGUCGCCGGUAGCCGGAUUAUAUCUUGUGUCCUCAGUCCACAUGCUGCCGAGUGUCAAGUGGGACUUUUUACCUCCGCCGCCACGCUUGCAUUUUUCUCAGCAUGAUGUGCGCACACUCAUGGUGGACAACACGGUGCUCUAAAGUGGCCACACCGUUGUAAACUCUCGCGCUGAAGCCAACAAAGAUCUUCUCAUCUCCGAAUUCACUGAACGGGCUUUUUCAAGGUUCAAACGCACGUUGUCCACCUGAGAGGAAAAGUCAACAACCAUUUGAAAAGUAUCUUCUCAAAAAGAUGACGUCGUUUAUCAGGCCUCGAGACGAAUAAGGACGCACCCAAAAUGUCUGACUUGACCUAAUUAUGAGAGAGGCGACCUCUGUUAUGCAGCGCUCACAGCUGGACUGGACUCUGACCCACCCGGGAACCACGUGAUCCCAAGUAAACCACUUACUCACUCUCUCACGUCUUUGCGGGAUGACACCACGCCGUCUCCGAGGCCUGCAGGGACGGCAGAGGCAACGUGUGAAUAUUUUGGGGACAUGAGCGCAGCUUACCUGCUUUAGUCAGCGUGCGUUUCUGCGAGCGGCUCCAUCAUCGUGGCAUCGGCGCGACGGGCGUACGAGCCGACGUUCUUGAACCCUCGGCGGGCCGAGCGGACGUCUCGAUUGUCUUGGAUUUUUUUUUUUCUGUCGACGGUCCGGACUUUCUAUCGGGCUUCUGCGUCAUGACCGCCGUCCGCUGAAAUUGACGUCAAACGGCCUCACCGAGGCGGAAUAUCGUGCGUUUGGUUUCCGCCCUCCGGGCGUGACGGGCGGCCAGGCGGUUCUCGUCAGGCCAGGAUGGCGCUGCGGGUCCACCUGCUGGCCUGCGCCUUCGGCCUGGGCUCCUGGGUGGCCGUCAACGGCCUGUGGGUGGAGCUGCCGCUGAUCGUCAACGCCCUCCCCGAAGGCUGGGAGCUGCCCUCCUACCUGACCGUCCUCAUCCAGAUGGCCAACCUGGGGCCUUUGCUCAUCACGCUCAUGCACAAAGCCAGGCCGGGGCGCCUGAACGAGCGCGCCGUCAUCCUCGCCCUCCUCUCCGUCGGCGUCCUGUCCUGCGUUCUGCUCACGUUCUUCUGGGACCGCACCAGCGUGGUGGCCGGCGCGCCGCGCAGCACCGCCUUCUUCGUCAUCACCUUCUUCCUCUCGCUGGUGGACUGCACCUCCUCCGUCACCUUCCUGCCUUUCAUGAUGGCGCUCCCGGCCACGUACGUCACCACCUACUACAUCGGCGAGGGGCUGAGCGGCUUCGUUCCCGGGGUGGUCGCUCUGGCCCAAGGCGUGGGCAUGGCCAAGUGCGUCAAUGCGACGCAGGGGACGGGAGGAAACCACACAAGUGGACACGAUGGCUUCCUCCAGACCGAAUAUCUCCCCCCCAACUUCUCCACGGAGGUGUUCUUCUUCUUCCUGACGGCCAUGAUGUGCGUGAGUCUGGCCGCUUUCGUCGCACUCAGCAGGCUUCGUUUGCCCCCCGCUGAGAACCCGGCGGGGGGCUCGGGGGCCUCGGUCGGCCCCGGCCUGGACAACCCCGCGGCGGAGAUUGACGGACGCGAUUUGAAACGGCGGGACGAGGAGGGCGGCCGCGCGAGGCGUCCGCCCGCGGAGCCCAAUGACUCCCGAUACCGGCUGACCUUCAUCUACUUCCUGGUGGUGUGGGUCAACGGCGCCACCAACGGCGUGCUCCCCUCCGUGCAGACGUACUCCUGCAUGCCCUACGGCAACCUGGCCUAUCACCUCUCGGCUGCUCUGGCUUCAGUGGCCAAUCCGCUCGCUUGCACCGUUGCCAUGUUCUUCCAAAACAGGUCUCUUCUGUUUCUGGGUGCGCUGGCGCUGUUGGGGACGGCCUUUGGCAGCUAUAACAUGGCCAUGGCUGCCAUGAGUCCCUGUCCUCUACUUCAGGGCUCCGUGGCGGGAGAAGUCGUCAUUGUCGUCUCGUGGCUCCUCUUCACUGGAACUCUGUCUUACGUCAAAGUGAUGGUAGGAGUCAUCCUGCGCGACCGAAGUCACAGCGCCCUCGUUUGGUGUGGCGCAGCAGCACAAGCCGGCUCGCUGGUGGGCUCUGUCGUCAUGUUUCCGCUGGUCAACGUCCUGACGCUCUUCAAGGCGGGGGACUUCUGCAACACCAAAUGUCCGCUAUGACUGCUCCCAUGUUGAGUUCAAGACUUGUUUGUGUCAAGUACGGCGAAAUAAAUAAAGGACGGAGUACCGCUGCGUUGAUGGCCUUCCGGACCACUUGCAGGUCUCCCUUGGUCGCGCGGUGCAUCAUGGGUAAGGGACUCUCUUUGGCGACUAACUUUUCCUUUCGAGAACUAUUGCGAAGGAGCGGACAAAACUGUGAUUUUGGACCAUUUCAACCGCCGGAUUUAUUAUUAUUUUAAUCUAUGUGGUUUGAUUCUCUCUCUAUUUCACGGACCGCCCUCUGCUGGGUCACGACAGUCAAGAUUGAUUAUUAUUAUUCUUAUUUUAAUUGACAUGCUGCAUGUGUGCGGGGAGGUGGGGGGGCGUGUGUUCAACGCCGGGACAUCAGGACGAUACACGUAGGGCAUUUGUGGUUAUUUGCUCAGCCCAACACUCCCAUCAAAAUACAAACAGGCUGAAUAAAUGUGUUGUUUUGUUCACAUGAAGUGAUCCGAGUCAGAAAAUCAAUCGCCGAUGUGACACGCUACAACGAUAGUGAAACGUGGAAACGUUUCUCUCUUAAAAAGUGACAGUGGCGAGAAAAAAAGAUAUACAGGUACAUGUAUACUAUAUUUCUGUCGUGUCCCUCGUUAGUUUCGCUCUGUGGUGGCUUGCAUACCGUACUUAGCUUCUGUGUGUUUCCUCUGGAUUUCAAGAUACAAAGUAAACGUUGAUGUGAAUAAAUGUGUUC